CACAAUUCUCCUCCUCUCCUCAUUAUCUCACCUUAAUCACUCUUAACUUUUCUGUUUAAUCAGAUAAUCUUUUGGAGUAACCAUUCUUGAUUUCUUGUUCUGCCAUGGAAACAACUCUUGGGUUGAUGGGUAAUGAGGCAGAGCUUGAGCUGGGGUUGGGGCUGAGCCUGGGGAGUGGUGUGGGGAAAAUCAAGAAAUCAGAAUGGGGUAGAAUAUUGACAGCUAAAGAUUUCCCUAAUGGGUUUUCAAGUGGAAAUGGAAGGGCUAAUGCUGCAGUUUCUGGCACUAAAAGAGCUGCAGAUUCUUAUGUUGGCUCUCCUCCUUCUGGUGUUAGCAGCCAGGUGGUGGGGUGGCCACCCAUAAGGAGGGCUUACAGGAUGAACAGCUUGGUUAACAAUCAAGCAAAAGUUCCAAAUGCUGAACAGGAUAAGGGAGUUGGGAGUGAGAACAAAGAGAUCUCAAAGAAGAAAAUGAACCAUGGAAAUUACAAGGAUGAUGCAGCAAGUAGCAGCAAAGAAACUGGGCAUCUUGGGUUUGUGAAGGUGAAUAUGGAUGGAGUCCCAAUUGGGAGAAAGGUGGAUCUGAAGGCUCAUACUUCCUAUGAAAAUCUGGCCAAAACCUUGGAGGAUAUGUUCUUCAUGUCCACAACAAAAACCAUGAAGUCUAUCUGCAGUAGGGAAAAGCAGCAAGAAAUGGCACCCUUUAAGCUUCUGGAUGGAUCAUCUGAGUUUGUACUAACAUAUGAGGAUAAAGAAGGAGACUGGAUGCUUGUGGGAGAUGUUCCAUGGAGGAUGUUUCUCAGCAAUGUGAUGAGGCUAAGAAUCAUGAGGACUUCUGAGGCGAAUGGACUCGCUCCGAGUGUUCAAGAAAGGCAUGACAGAUGCAAAGGGAAGCCGAUCUAGCUUCAUUCCUGCACUCUAAGCAGACAAUUCACAGCUUGGAAAACUGAAAGUAUGUAGAAGGACAGUAGAAGAAGAAACAAAGGCAUUAUACAUAUUACUUAAGAUCAGUCUUUUGUUGUUGUGGUUUGUGGUUGCAUCUUUAUGUUUUGCACCCAUUUUCCAGUUUAUUAUUAUUAAUAUUAUUAUACCACCCCUUUAUGUAAGAUGGGUUAAACUAGUAGUCUUCUAGACCAGCACCCUUAUAUAUACAGUUGACAAGAAAUAUUUGGCAAAUCUUACUUUCUCAUAGUGUAAAUAUGAGAAAAUUUUUGCACCUACAGUGUUGUGAUUUCUGAUUUGAAAUGUUUGUUCUGAUGAAGACAUUGAAGUGGAAUCAAUGUAUUAUUAUUAUUAGUGCACAA